UUCUCGCGGGUUCAAGCCACGACCGCCCUCAAAGAAAGAAGCUUGGAAUUCACCCCCGAGGACAAGCAUUGUUCCCCGAGAACAAGAAACCACCUCCCUCUUUCUCUGCCUGCAAGAAUCAGAUCCCAACAUGAAGGACAGAAAGGAGAACUUCCCAAAAGCAGAACUUUGGAAAUAUUCUCGCUUGACCCUUCCUAUCCUCCCACCUCCCAAGUCCUCCUCUUCCAUAAGCCCUUUUAAGUCCCCCUAAUCGACUUCAUAAUCGACUUGCAAAUCAUGUGUAGAACGAGCGCCAGCAGGUUGAUGCCCCCAAAGGUUUGCUAUAUGACCAUGAGGAUGAGCAUAGAUUGCAAUGCUUGUUGCAGGAAACUAAGGAGAAUCCUCUUGAGCAUGAAAGAAAUUGAGACCCACGUGAUCGAGAAACCGAACAACCGAGUUUAUGUGCAUGGGAGGCUCAGGCCGUCCGACGUGGCGAUUAAGCUGAGGAGGAAGAUGAACCGUCGAGUUGAGAUAUUGGAGGUUCAAGAUCUUGAUAGCGGUGACGAACAUGUCGAGCAAAAUCCUCCGCCGAUCGAACAUGUUGAGCUAAGAUCACUGAUGAUCGGUCAUCAAGUGCACCCAUUGAACUUCCAUGGUCAAUCAAUACCCGAUUAAGCAUACAAAAGGACGAUUGAUAAAAUCGCUACAUCGUCAUAUGUAAAUUGAAUGCACAGGUGUUGAAAGGGAAAUUGCAAAAAAUGAAUUCCAAGCUUUUCAGCAAGUAGAGAUGCGUAGAUGUAAAUUGGAUUAACUUCAAUUAUGGUUUAAGCA